GAAAACAGCUGAUAGCCAACCAACUGCAUGAAGUUCCAAUAAGCAAAGUAAAAAUUAUAAUAAACAUCAACAAAGCAUAUGCUGUCUCAUGCACGCACAGAUAACACAAAGAGUGCAUAUGUAAUCAUUCUCAGUGAAUAAAUAGUCAAGCGGCGCAUACAAACAAAGAGUCGACGUACUAUUCCACUGUUUACAAAGGUAACAAAGCGGGUUGAUAAGUGGGGUGCAUUGAGGGUAACGAGUUUCAAUGGCUGGCGAGCGAACCAGCUGAGUGGCUGUGUUGUCAAAACGUGCGCAGACUAACGAAUGGAAAUGUGUGUUUUGACAAUUGGAAACUGGAAAAUGGAAUUGAAACUGGAACAUUGUUGGUGUAGCGAGAACGCAUGGAAACGAAAGCAUUGAAUUGGAACGAAUUAGCAAAUGCUGGAGCACAAUUUAGUAACAGGCUAGUAAAAUACUAAGCAGAACAAAAGGAAAUACACAAUACACCAACUGGAACACAUUCACUUUGUAACAACAAAAUGUGCAAAAGGCAAAAUAAGACAGGAAACUAGUUAGAAGUAAACACCAAAUAGCAUCGUCUAAAUUGGUGCGUGCUAACGUAAACGAGUGAAUUCUAAAUGGAAACGCUGCUUUUUGGCGAACAGCUGAGGACUUGUAACGAGAAAGCAGCAAAUUGCUAAUACUCUUGUAGGUAGGCUGGCCUGAGAAUAAUAACAAGAAGUGGAACUCCGGUAGUUGUGGGUUAAUUUAACAAUGUACACGUUUGUAAUUAAUACGAAAAUGCACGAAGCUUAAAAAUAAUUGAAAAAACAAGCAAGCAAACAGCGCAUAUUUUGUUUCAAUGUAACUCGAAGUGUGAACUGUGUGUAAAAUAAUACCACGUUCAACGUGCAAAACCGGAGCAAUAUAAAUUAAAAAAAAAAAAAAAGUUUUAAGUGUUAGUGUAAAAUAAAAUAAAAACGAACAGCAAAUAAAUAUUGUAUAUUGAAAUGAGCAAGCCAAAGGUUUGAAUAAUUAAAAUUUUUCGAUAACUGCUGCAUACUAAACGCCAUUGUGAAAACGAAAUACCAGCUUGUUGAAAAGCAAGAGCAAAAAAAAAUUAUAAUAAAUGUGAAUAUAAAGUUUUUGUACGAAGUAAAGGAAAAUAUAAAAAAAUUUAAAUAUUUAAAAGUGUAUAAAAUCAAUUAUUAAAAAUUAUAUGAAACAAGCACAAAAAGCAUUUCAAACAAAAGAGAUUAAAAAUUGAUUGCUGCAGUUUUAUUAAAACAUAAAAAAAAAUAAAAAAAAAUCCGAAUUUCCUCAAUAUCCGUGUGUGGAAAAUUCAUUUACGCAUUUUAUUGACACACUCCCACAAUUUUCUGUGCCACAUUUUCCACAGUGUUUGUGUGUGUCUAUAUAUAAUUUCGAUUUCUUUGUUAUUGUGUUGCAUUGUGUAUUUUAUAUACAAACAUACAUACUUGUGCAUAAAUAUCAAUUUAUUUUCGUCUACGAUUUGUUUUUGUAUGUGCGUAAACUUGUUCAGUGCCCCGCGUAUUGCUGUCUACAAUUUACCACAUCAACGCAUGGCUUGCAUUCAAUAACGGAAAAAUACACGCUUCACUGUUAUACAUACUGCAUAAAUACAGAAAAAUAGAUCAAUGACCUGAAAACCAACAAAUAUCACUAAUUCAAGUGCAUACACAUUAUAUACAUACAUAACCACACAAAAAGUAUUUUCUUCAACGGUGUUAAAAACCAGCUAAUCAAUGUCGUUCAAAAGAAAAUAUUAUCGACGUAAAGUGUAGUGAGUUAUUUUUACUUGUGUACAAUUCUAAAGUCCCUGUCCCCAAAAAGUUUAAACGUCGUGCUGUGAAAUUGUGAGUUCAAGAGCAAGUUUAUUGGUUGAAAUUAACCCUAACCUUACACUAUUUUAUAUAAGUUAACAGUUGAACGAAAACGAAACGAUUUUAUAUACAAAACGAAUAAAGAAACUACCUACAAGGCAGUAUUUUCCACAAAUGGCCACAAAUUCUACACAUAUAAAGGAUAUCAGCCAAAGCACUGAACCGAGUAAAUGCAAUAUAUCGAAACACAUUCCCGCUACAACAAUGACGCACGAAGAGCACGCGAAUACCGCCGAAACGCUGCAGAGCGAAAACGCGAACACGCAAACUGCAGAUAAACCGAGUGUUAGCGCUAAUAAUGUUGCAACAGGUCUCCAACAUGCCAUCGACCCACAUCGGUUGGGUGACGAUGUCUUCGAAGAUGCCUUCGACGAGUCCAUGGAUUGUUUGGAGCAGGCCGAAGCGGAUGGUUAUGAAUCGGAUUCGGAAAGCGCCAAUGAGUACGACGAUACACUCAGCGAUUCUGUGACGCCUGGACUGCGUACCAUUGACAGUGAUCACCUGACUUUCUCAAGUGGUUUUGGCAGUUCGAUGUUGUCCAGUUUUCCACCAACCGGUUCCUUUGAUUACCACAGUUGUAGCAGUAGCAGCGAUAGCGAGGAGGAAGUACGCGCAGCUGUACAACAUGACGAGCGAUUGGGCAAGUUCAUGCCGGGGGAUACGCACCACUUGGAUAUCUUCCAUACGCGUCCAUAUUUAUUGCCAUUCGUAGAGCGUCGACGUUUGUCGCAAUGCAAGGAGGAGGAUGAGGAUGAUGGCGAUAAGUCACCACAGCCGCAGACAAGCGAUGCGGCGCCGAAGUUUGAGAAGUCCUCCCUGCCCACGCCGCCACCACCACCACCGGCCACAGAUGAGGCAUCAGCGGAGAAGUUUAAAGAACUGGAACGUUUGCGCCAGCAAUUUAUGCAUAAAAUCGACAGUAUCAACACCAAUAAUGUGGACGAUAUAAAAACGGUUACAGUGACCGCAGAAAAUUUUUCACCGCCACCACCACCACCAAUACCGCCAACAAUAUUGCCACCGUCGCUUAUUAAUUUGUUGCAGUCGACAAAGAAAAAACCACUGCCGAUGAUUAAGGCAGCCGCACCACGUAAGGCAAUUAUGCCUGCACCGCAAAUAUUACCGGCGCCCAAGCUGGCGUCACACGAAGUCACCGUGGCGAAUAAUCAAUUCCCUGUCGCAGAAUCUGCCGUCAGCAAGGUUAACACAAACCACAACGAACAAUCAGCAUUGGUGAACACAAAUGCGCAGCCACCAGCUACUAGUUUGCACUCAAAGAUCACUACUAUACCCACUAACAAUGCAGUAACUGCAAAUGUGUCAAAACUCGCACAAACCCAAUUGCCACACGCCGAGAGCUCUGAGAAGCUUAUUAUUAAAGGUAAAUUUACCGUAACCAAAGCGAAGGAGACGCCCGAACUUCAACAGUUGCGCACCGAAGCCGACAAGUUGAAACAUUUGAGCUCAAGCGCCAAUGCACACACUAUCAGCUUCCCCAGCAGCUAUGGUGGUUACACCUCGGUGCAGGGGCUCUUCUCACAACGUUACGGUAGUCACAAAUUUACCCAAGCCGUGCCGCAUCUUUCGAAGAAAUUUUUCGAUGCAUCUUUAGUUGAAAUACGUACACCGGCUGCCAGUAAUACAUCGCUCAAUCAGGUCGGCAACGAGGAGCGUCCGAAGAGUGAACAGAUCUCAAAAACCAAUGUGAAUGCCACAUCUACGCCUACCGCCAAAGUCAUAACGUCUCUCAAUCACCACCAAAGUUACAAUAAUUGUGAUAAUAGUUUAGUGAAACCACGCGGCGAUCUGGCGCAUUUGGAUGAUGUGUGGAUCAAGAGAUCGGCGAUCACAACGCCAGCAAGAAGGCAAACGCUAGAUGAGAGCGCUUUAGGAAGUGGGCGCACAACAGCGGCGCCAUCGGAAGAUGAACAAGAUGGACGCUUGCCGGGUUCGCGACCCUCCAGCGCGCCAGCGGAACCCAAUGCCAAAGCAGCACGAAAGGCUUCCAAAAAGAUGGAGAAGGAGGCGCGGCGCCAAGAAAAGGAAGCUAGUCGUCGCGAGAAGGAGGCACGCAAGUUGGAGCGCGAAACGGCACGCCGUCAAGAACGCGAGGCCGCCAAAUUGGAGAAGCUCAAUCGCAAUAUGGAGAAAAUAUCGCGCAGUACCGAACGUGUUGGCGCCACAACGCGCUCCGGUUCAUUGGAGCGACGUCGCAGCGGCGAAGACUCGCCUGUGCUCAAUCAGUCGACCGUGCACGGUAUCGCCAGUCCGAAUCGACGUCCCACCAUCUUCGAUGUGUUUCGACAGCGCACCAAAUCCGAUGCUAAGCGCAAAGAUUCGCUGCUCUUGGCCGCUGGUAGUGGCAAUGUCGCCGGUGCGCCCGGCACAGACAACAGCAGCUCGAGUAGCACACACUCCGGCACGGGCGGCGGCGGCGGCAUAAUGAAUCAAAUGAAGGUGGUCAUGCAGAAUUCAGGGCUGAUUGGCCAUCAUCAUCAUGAUAAGCAGCGUCAACAUCCGGCGGUCACGAUAACCGCCGCCGAGGGUGGUAGUGCGAAGAAUAAGUACAAAGAUGGAUCGGCGCAUCCGCAUCAAGGCAGCGAUGCCCAGUACUAUCACACCGUUACAGCGGUACGUCGCGCUGACGCAUCCCGCUCACCAAUGACCAAAGUAAUGGAUUUGUUUAGAAGCCGUUCAAAUUCAGCGGCCACCGAGGCUGAUAAACGCAAAGCGCGAGCAGCAGCGCAUCAACAACAGUUAGCCGUGCAAAGUGCUCAUAUGCGUCGCGCCUCAGCCGAUCUGGAGAAACGGCGUGCUUCUUUGGGUGCAGCUAGUCGAGGCUUACGUGGCGAUGGUACACUAGAUCCGCAUCAUGCCGCCAUAUUAUUCCGUGAUUCCAGAGGGUUGCCAGUUGCUGAUCCAUUCCUGGAAAAAGUGAACCUCUCCGAUUUUGAAGAAGACGACUCACAAAUAUUCGUGAAAUUCUUCCGGUUCCAUAAGUGCUAUGAUCUAAUACCAACCUCAGCUAAAUUGGUUGUAUUCGAUACACAAUUGCUGGUGAAGAAAGCUUUCUAUGCACUCGUCUAUAAUGGUGUACGUGCAGCACCACUCUGGGAUUCACAAAAACAACAAUUUGUUGGCAUGUUAACCAUAACCGAUUUUAUCAAAAUUCUACAAAUGUAUUAUAAGUCACCAAAUGCAUCAAUGGAACAAUUGGAGGAGCACAAAUUAGACACAUGGCGAAAUGUGCUGCACAAUCAGGUUAUGCCAUUGGUUAGUAUCAGUCCGGAUGCUUCACUCUAUGAUGCCAUUAAAAUUCUCAUACACAAUCGUAUCCAUCGAUUACCAGUCAUUGAUCCUGCGACGGGCAAUGUUUUGUAUAUAUUAACACAUAAACGCAUACUGAGGUUCCUCUUCUUAUAUAUUAACGAAUUACCAAAGCCCUCGUAUAUGCAAAAAACUUUGCGAGAUUUAAGAAUCGGCACAUACGACAACAUUGAGACUGCGGACGAGAACACAAGCAUUAUAAUGGCGUUGAAAAAAUUUGUGGAGCGACGAGUAUCGGCUUUGCCGUUAGUGGACUCCGAAGGGCGGCUAGUAGAUAUUUACGCGAAAUUCGAUGUAAUUAAUUUGGCCGCCGAGAAGACCUACAACGAUUUAGAUGUGUCGCUACGCAAAGCAAAUGAACACCGCAACGAAUGGUUCGAGGGUGUGCACAAUUGUCGCUUAGAUGAGUCGCUCUACACAAUUAUGGAGCGCAUUGUACGCGCCGAAGUGCAUCGUCUCGUCGUCGUUGAUGAGAAUCAGAAAGUGAUUGGUAUUAUUUCACUAUCCGAUAUACUGUUGUACCUGGUUUUACGUCCAAGUGGCGAAGGUUUGGGCAACGCUGAUAAUUCAUUACGCGCCUCAGAUCCCAUCUUGCGACGUAAGUCGUCCGAUGAAGAAGAUGCCGACACAAAAUCAUCGGGCAGUCGUAGUAUUAUUGAUGACAUACCCGAGGAGGAGGCAGCAGUGGUGACAACAGCGCCAAUAUCGGUGCCACCAACGAAUGAGGAAACCGUCGCUACAUCGAAUAGUGACGAACUUAAAAGCGCGUCGAAUGAGGAGAUCGAUGCCUCAAUACAAAAGCAAAAUGGUGAUAGUAAUAAUACCGCUGAAGUGUCCUUUGCCGCCGAGGCGGAAGAAGAUCCUGUGGACGAUGCCGAUCAGUUAAGUGAUAAUGAUGAUGAUGUCGUAACGGGACAAUAUGUGGAUCUGAAGAAAUCACUCGGCGCGUCAGCGGACGAUGACAGAGAAUUGGAAACGGCCGCGUCGGCAGCCUCAGCGUUGAGUGGCAUGCCAACAACGACGGCACGUGAGAUGGCGCUUGUUAGUGAAUAAGUUUUUUUUUAAUAUACAUUAAUAUUUCAAGCUACAAACAAACAUAUAUUAUAUACAUACAUACAUACUACAUACAUAUAUUUUAAGUAUGCGUUUUUUAGUCAGCGAAUUACAAACCAUAGAUUUGAUAAACUUGAACGUUGCUAUGAAUGCUUCAAAGCCUUACUAAUAUAAAAGAAGAAUAAAACAUUCGAGGAGAGUGUUAAUAUUUUUUGAAUGCAUUGGAAUAAAUAUGUGUGCGCAAACUGCGUGCGGCCAACGCUGUGAGUGAGGGAAUGGCUGACGCUCGAGCGAGCAGCGGGUGUUGGUGCAACAACUUUGGAGUCUCAAAAGGCUUCCUGUUGAUGCAUGGUCACACAUACACACACAUACAUUAAGCAGUGGCAAAGCAAGUGUAGUAAAAAAGCUUUUUGGAUAGGGCUCUACACACCUCUUAUAUUUAUAUGAAGGUAAAUUAGUGUUUUUUUUUUAAUUUAAGUAGAAAUUAUUGCAAAACAACAAAGCAAACAUAAUAUAAAACAAACGAAAAAUGCUUGUAUGAUAAAAAGUCAAUAAAGAGAAUUAUGAUACUCUAUGAAGCAGAAAAUAAAUACAUUUUUAUUUGCUAAAAAUUGUAAGUAAAAAUGAGCCUUAAUUGGACAAGAAAACCAGAAAAAUGGGAAGUGCGUGCAAAAUCACACGAAAAAACUGUAAAAUUUGUAACUUACAAGCUUCCCACUUUGCAAACACACACACACACAUACAAAUUCCUACACAAAUAUACAUAUAUAAAAUAUAUAAAAACAUAAAUAAAUUCGUAAAAAACAAAAUUACCAGCAACCUAUUUAAUAAUAAAGCAUAAAUAAAAAUAAAAAACAUUGAAUUGUAAACAAAUACCGAAACAAAGAUUUCAUACCAAUUAAAGCAGUCGCUUAACCACCAUACAAAUAAAGUGUAGUUUUAGUAGCGGAAAACGAAACAAAGUAAAUGGAGCAAAUAAAGUUUGGAGAAAGCGCCCGCGCGCGCUUAUUAUGUAAUGUAAUAGUUGAUGGAAGUGUUAUGUAUGUUUUUAUUAUAAUAAAACAAAAAAGCAAAUUAAAAUAAAAGUUGAAAGAAAAAAGGAAAAAACAAAAACAUGAUGGUACUUUUUAUAAAGAAUAUUACUAUUAAACUAUUAUUAUUAUUAUGUACUGCUAAUUCAAUUAUGAUUACUAUAUAUAAUUAUUAAUUAUUAUUAUUAUUAUAUAUAAUUAUUAAUUAUUAUUAUUAUUAUAUAUAAUUAUUAAUUAUUAUUAUUAUUAUAUAUAAUUAUUAAUUAAUGUAAUUAUGAUUACUGCUAUUAUAAUUAUAAAGUUCAAUAAAAGGAAACAAGUUUUAAAACAUUGAAUUAUUGAUGUAUGUAUGCGAAUACUAUUGAUAACAAUACAAACAAAAACAAAACUCAAAACAAACAAAAUUGUAUUUGAAUAAAAGAAAAAGAAAAUAAUAAAAAACACUUCAAAACAGUAGUUAAUUGUAGUAUUUGCGCGUUGUGCAUUAAACUAAAAGCAACAAAAAGAAAAAAAAUAAAUGCCUAUAUUUUCUUUGCAAAA